UUUUUCUUUGUAUUUUAUAUAAUAAAAUUAAAAUGAUACAUGUUAAAAAAUGAAUACAAUACUUGUAAUGAAGAUAAUACUUAAUUCAGUGUCUCAGGAAAAAAAACUGAGAUUCUCUAGAUGCUAAGACUGGAUUCAGGAAAAGGCUUAAAUAGCAAAAAAAAUACACGCAGGCAUGUAGUGGAAAAUGAAGAAUUUGAUACUCUGACAAUUCAGGACACUGCCCUUUGUUGUCAUUGUUUAAGUUGUUGGUGUUAGCCUCUUUUUCAAUUCCCUCAACAGUAGGGAUGUGCAGCAUUUUGCUAUUCAUGAACAGAACACUCUGAAGAAGUCUAUAAUAUUAUUUUCCCUCUCUGGAUCAUGCUUAAUCUCCUCUAGCCCAUGCCAUUCAGCAGUUGAGUGGUUUACAAAGGUAAAUUCCCUGAACUGAAAGUAAUUGCAGGAGGUUGACCAAACAGCUGAGGAUUUUUUUUCUAGAAAUUGCUAAAUCAGUGCAGUUGGUCAGAGCAUAGAACUUCCAAAAGUUUGGGUUUAGGUAUUAUCAAUAUGCUGAUGAUAUCCAGCUGUAUGUUUUGACCUUAGCCUGACCAGGUACUAACCCAGUGUGUGGAGGUUGGAUGGGGAAGACAAGCUUAAACUCAUUCCUGACAAGAGUAAGUGGCUGUGUUUGUUUGGGUCCCUGGAUCCAGAGAUAUCCUAUUGUUGACCCUGAGUGGCAUUGCCCUUCCCCAUUUGAAAUUUGUGUGCAAAAUAGGAACCUUUACAAAAGUACAUCUACUGUACCAAUUGCAUGCUUUCCUGGUAUCUCCAGAUAAUCAAUCACACUCUGCUCAUUUCAUGGUUGCAUAAUGUGAAGAAUUCUACAUGGGGCUAUCUUUGAAGACUAUAUGUUUAUCUACAGUUGGUUAGGAAACCGUGGUAACAGGCAGGGAUGAGAGGCACUAUAUUGUGUACAUGUGACUCCAGUUCUGGAUACAAAUCAUGAUGCAAGUUAUCACCUUUAAAAUCAUUACAGCUUAGUUACAAAGCAGUACCAACCUUACAUGUUCCAGGGAUCAACACAAACCUAGGGAUCAGACAAACCACAUCAUCUAGAAAUGAAAGGUAAUCAUGAGUUCAAUUUCUCCCAUAGCCAUGAAAGCUGGCUGAGUGACUUUGGGCCAGUCCCUCUGUCUUAAGCCCAACUCACAUCACAGGGGAAAAUAGGAGGAGGAAGAUGUGUUGGACAUACAUGUUCACUGCUUCGAGUUAUUUGUAAAGUAUUAUGACAGGAUACAAAGAAAUAAUAAAUAAAUAAAUUCUCCAAUCCCUUUUUUUUAAAGUAAGAUAAUGAGGAGGUAUAGGGGAAAAAAAGAUGCAAUUCAUUCCAAGGUGAGAUACUGAUGCCUUUAGGGUACGAGGUGUGAUAAUACUGCAUAUUUAGCAUACUAUUCAUAUACUGUCUUUCAGGAUAUAAAGUCUCACAAUAGUGUAUGUGGACAUUAUAAACAAUAUAUAAGAAUAAAAUAUUCAAAUAUAUAACAAAUGCAUCUAAAAUAAAUGGAGUUAAGAAUUGUUUAAAUAGAAUAAAUGCCAUGCAAAUUGGAUUUUUUUUUAAAUCGCCAAUUCAUUCUUUUAAAAAAAUAACACAAACCUCAGAAAAAGGGUGUGAAUUUCGCAUAAGUGCUCUUACCUUGAAAUAGUCCUCCCUUAGCCUAUCUUCAGAGUUAAGGACAUUGCAUUGUUCUAUCACUUAAAUUACUGGGCGCAGUAAUUUAAGACACCUCACCAGUGAAGUGAGGGCUAAAAUAGGAUAGGGCUGUAAUCCCCAAACCUAUUUGGGGGGUUCCUUGUGUGCUUUCUGAUCACAACUAUUGAAAAUGGAGGUAAGAAACAGAAAAUGCAGAAUCAGUCCUAAAAUAGACUUUGUUAAAAAAUUUUAAAUCCCCAAUUUUUUUUUGUCCAAAUCCUUGGAAGAAACAGAAUAUUCUGCUCUAAUUACAUAUGUUGCAUCUUAUUUUACCUGAUUGUUCUUCUGUCUCCAAUUAUGUUCAGAGCAAUAACUUUCUGCCUAAAGGUUUCCCACCUCUAUAAGAGCAGAGGGCUAGAGAACUCAAUUGACUCAAGAAUAUUUUUGACCUUCGAAAUAUAUCAAUAGAGUGCAGUGGUGGUUCCGGAACCCGUUGCAACCGGUAUGCUGCAACGGGGUCAUGCGUCCACCACGUGUACGUGUGCAGCACACAAAUAGUGCAUGCAUGCGUACUUACCUCCUGCGAUGGUCCAGAUGCUCAGCGGAGCAUCGCGCAGGCGCCGUACGCUCAAUGUGUGUGCGUGACAGCCCCGGUCGGCUCAAAUACAGGUAAGGAGGGUGCAUGGGCCCUCCAGAAGACGGUACCGGCACGCCCAUACUGGGGCGUACCGGUCUUAUCCCACCACUGAUAGAGUGCUUUGUACCUAAGGAUAUUUGUCACAUGCCUGACAAUCAGGAUGGAAAAUAGGGGCCUUGCUCUCAUCAAUUAUCUGAAUGUAUCAGGACCCAACACAACUCAGUUAGAGAAUUCAGGAGGUAAAGUUUUUCACCAUUAUAAACCCCAAAGGAGUAAGAAGCCUCAGUCAUCAAAGGUUGAUCUUAACUGUUUGGAAAUGGUGGAAUCUUCUGGAUAUUGUUGAAAGCUCCAGAGAUACAGAAAGACUACUUAAGCCCAGACAAAGCUACAUGGAUAUUGCUCAGCAUUCUAUCUGCUGAACUAGCCAGUAGAUAGUUAAGCUUACUUCUUGUUAAGUAUAGUUAAGUUUGCUUUCCUUGCCUUUAAUCAGUAAGAUAACAAUCAUAAUUUAUCUUUGCUCUUGAAUUUAGUUUUCCAGGAUAUAUCUAAAUAGAAUACAUGGAUGUAUCCAAUGGGAUGGCCAGUGGAAUAAAGAUACCUGAGGAUAAAGAGGCUUCUUAAAAGCAAAGUAUUGUCCCCAUCCCCUUAGUGUUGAGAAUGAAACUUUGCUUCUGUUUCAAUGACUUGGGACUAGGGUGGUCUGGAAUGGCAAAAUAGCCUACCUGAUGGAAUAGAUCAAUCCUAUUGGACUCUGCCUGCCAACUAGAGGGAGGGGCUUUCCUGAAAGUUCUGGAAUGCCCUCCAAGAAGAUACAGGAAAAAGCCGUUUGCUACACAGCCAAAGGGAACUCCAUGGCUGCCUUCCUCCCGCUACAGUGGUGGCGGUGGAGUUUUAUUUUUAUCCUCUGCCUUCCGCCUUGCUGCUUCCAUCACUGUCACUCUCCAACGUGAGACAAGCCCUCCCCUCCCUUGGCCCCUGAAGGGAGAAAUGGGGUUGGGUAAUGCCAAGAGAGUAUUUUUCUGUCUUGUUCUUGUCUCUGGGAUAUUCUGGAGUCAGCCCAUUUGUCAUGUACCACCUCAGGGGUUUCCCUUCAUUUCUUACGAAGUUAUUAUCCCAAGAAGGAUGGCACCCCGACGAGGCCGGGAACCGCAAGACCUUACUUAUUUAAUGGAGAUAGAAGGGAAAGGCCAUGUGGUACACCUCAGGCAGAAGAGGAAUUUCGUUCCUAAACACUUCCCCGUUUUUACCUACAAUGAGGAUGGAGACAUUGAGGUGGACUACCCUUUCAUCAAGAAUGACUGCUUUUACUAUGGCUUUGUACAUGAUGAGCCUUCAUCUCUAGUCACCCUCAGCAGUUGCUCAGGAGGACUCAGAGGCUUUCUACAAGUAGGCAACAAGCUCUAUGAAAUCGAACCUCUGCACACGUCUACUUUUCAGCACGUGGUCUACAGACUGGAAGAGAAGGGGAAUGAUAUCCCAAUGAGGUGUGGAGUAAUGAAAGAAGACAAAAAUCACCAGGAGGCCAUGAUCCAGAACAGAGAGAAUAUUGUAAGCAAAAGUGCUUUGAGAGGACUAUGGCAAACAUACCCCAGGUACAUGAAGAUAGCGAUUGUAGUAGAACAUGAACGAUAUGUCCAAUUUGGUAAAAAUGAAACUGUCACUGCUAGGCAAGUCCUGGAUGUUGUUCACCUUGCAGAUUCGCUGUACAAGCCUCUUGGGAUUCAUCUGGUGGUUGUUGGAUUAGAAAUAUGGUCACAAAAGAACCUCAUUGCAAUAGCCAAAAGCAUAGACGAAUUGCUUGACACGUUCAAUACAUGGAGGAAAACGAUACUUGUCCAGCAUCUAAGACAUGAUGUUGGCCAUUUAUUUGUAUAUAAGCAUUUUGGGAUUAAGUUUGGAUUAUCGUUUGUUGGAUCGGUGUGUGAUCCGAACUGGGCAUCUGCUGUUGAGGCAUUUAUUACUUCUAGUUUGUUUUCUUUCACAAUAACUUUUGCUCAUCAACUGGGUCAUAACCUUGGUAUGCAGCAUGAUGAGAAAUCAUGCACCUGUAAACAGCAUUCUUGUAUUAUGGCUCCCUUCCAAAGCAACACAAGUAAAUUCAGCAACUGCAGUUAUACCAGUUAUUCUAAGCUAGUGGAUACUAGUAGAAAACAAUGUCUGUUAAUUCCGCCAGAACACGAGAAAUUGUAUGAUCUCAAAAAUUGUGGCAACCAGGUGGUAGAGAGUGGAGAACAGUGUGACUGUGGUUCAAAGUUCCAUUGUGAAUCAGAUGCAUGUUGCCAGUCUAACUGUAUGUUGCGUUCAGGAGCCACUUGUGCUUUCGGAAAAUGCUGUGCUGACUGUCAGCUUCUUCCAGCCGGAACAGUUUGUAGAGAAAGGACUAACAUGUGCGAUCUUCCUGAAUACUGCACCGGAAUUUCAGAGUGGUGUCCUGAAGAUGUUUAUGUACAGGAUGGAGCUCCAUGCUCUGAUGGAGGCUAUUGCUAUCAUGGAGAAUGCUCUUCUCACAGUCAGCAAUGCAAAGUUAUCUUUGGCAAGGAAGCCUUGGCUGCCCCACUGGAGUGCUUCAAAGCAAUAAAUUCUCGAGGGGAUCGUUUUGGCAAUUGUGGCAUUAUUCCUGGUAAUAUGUAUAAGAAGUGUCGGAGCAAUAAUGUCUUGUGUGGCAGACUCCAGUGUGUAAACAUUGGUGAAGUGCCUGAUUUGAAUGAGCAGACUGCCAUCAUUCAAACUUCUCUUAGCCACCAAUUUUGCUGGGGUACAGAUUCUCCAAGUGGAAUUGGUGUAGCGGAUAUUGGAGCAGUGAAAGAUGGCACACCGUGUGGCCUCGGCAUGAUAUGCAUUAAUAGUGAUUGCAUCAAGGUCUCCCUCCUGAACUAUGAUUGUAAUCAAACCAAGUGCCACGCCAGAGGAAUAUGCAACUCUCAUAAACAUUGUCAUUGUAACUCUGGUUGGGCUCCUCCAUACUGUCUAAAGAAAGGCAGUGGUGGCAGCAUUGAUAGUGGUCCUCCUCCACCCAGCAGUGCCAGUGAAAGAAGGACUAAAGGCAUUGUAAUAGUUCUUUCUGCUGCUGCUCUUCUAGCUGGGUUUGGCAUCUUAUAAUGACCUGAAUGUCAGAUGACAGACUUCGAUAACUCCGAUUCCGACACGAGGACAAGUGUCCAGCCUGAUAUUACAAACUCUUAGGAGGUUAGGAGGAUAUAACAAAAAUCCUUUGUGCAUUGUGCCGCAAAUAAUGCAUUUUGUUUCUUGCAAUUUGUCCUCUAAAGGUAGUUUUCCAAUUUUUAUCGCUGUAGCUUUCUAGGCUUAUGAAAAGCCUUAUGACACUCUGAAUGUUAUAUUGGGUGGGCUAAACAUUUAGAUAAUUAUUGGGGAAUAUCCACAAGAACUCUGUUGCAGUUCAUUCCCCUCCUUAUUGAAAUGGGUGGUGGUUGCAGACUAUGUGGAUGUAAUCCAGGCUAUUAGGAAAACCCAUCACUUAAAAAUACAGAAAAAAAAUCAAACUUUAUCCACUACUUUAAAUGGCUCUUCCUAUAAAAAUUGCUGCAUGGAGGGAAGAACUGAAGUUUCUUGUUGUUAAAGCUGAACCCGCUUGGUACUUAACAAAUUGGUAUCAUAAUAUUUCUGAUUCAAAUACUUUUGAAAGUAUUUUUUGAAAGUAUGGGCAGCGUAUAAAAAUUGGAUUGGAAGUGGACAAUGAUAGAGCUGCUUAGAGAAGUAAAAUGGGUACCUAGACAGAUCAGGUUCACAAUGACAUCUUCAGUUGAUUUAUCUGAAUGGCCUAUUAUGAUGAGAUGCAUCUUUACAUGUGCACAUUUUAAAUGCCAUUUUGAAAAGGCAAAAGUGCAGCUGGGGCUGAUCGUAUAUGUACUGUGAAUGGGAAAAGGACCAGAUGAUUAAGUAGCAAAGUCAAAGGUCGCAUUUUGCUUAGGAGGAACAUUGCUCUAAACUCUACAGUAAGAGCAGUACCAUUGGGCUUGUAGUGUUUGACAUUUCUCUAGAAAAGAAUACCUCAAAAUUUCACAUCCAGGAACAUUUUGCUCAAGAGCUGCACUUGUAUCAUUAAUUACAGAGAUUUGCAAAGGUGUUGAACACGAGAUCAAAUACUGCACAGAAUCAUAGUAUAUAAAUAAUCUACCACAGACCACGUUAACCUGUGACAAUAUAUUUCUUCUAGUGGGUUUUUAUAUAUUUAAUACAAGAUUUGAGGUAGUGGUGAAAUUGUUUGGUGCUCGUACCAACACUCCCAUUGACUUCAGUGAUAUAUAAUCAUGUGUAACUGUAUUGGGAAAUGCAGCAUCUGCUUGCAGCUUAAUUGUUACCCUGCUAUUCUGUAGUGACUCCAGUGUAUUAACAUCGAUUCAGAAACGGUUUAGUAAGCAUGAGAAUAAACACAUUAUUGUAAAAUUGUGAUGACAAAAAUUGUAGUUUGUUCAGAUUUUUUUCUGUAGUUUUUGCAGGAAACACAAGUGCAAACCAGCAGAGUUUUAUAUGCAAUAGCAGCAAUGCUCCUUCAGCAAUCAAACAUCUGGAAUGAAUACAUUAUUUCUGGAAUUGGGUAAUAUAAUAUUGCUGUCAUUAUUUACGAAAACUCAACUUAAAUUUUAACCAUUCUGUAUCAUUUAUAGUCUGCCUUGCCCACUAUUUUAUCUUUGAAUUUCUUUUCAUAAUUCGUACGCGACAACUGCAUUUGUUAUCACUUGAGAUUCCUGUAAGAAUUCAUUUGUAUUUCUGAACAGUAACACUUCUUCAAAACAGACUCAGUUUACCAUAUAUCUUUAAAAGAGGGAUCUCACCCGGUUAUCGUAUAUUACUUAUCACAUUGUAUAAUACAGUAACUACUUUCAAAUGUGCUUUGUUAUUGUAUAACCAUGAGAAUUAUUACUUUUGGGGAUUAUUUCAAAUUAUUUAAUAAAUUAUUUUAUACUUAUUCAGCUGCUGUACUCUUUAGAUUUUUAUUCUUCAGUAGUGAUUUAAUUAAAAAGCUAUGUGGUUUUUUUCUCAGUGUAACAUGUUAUUCAAAGAUUAUUGAAUCAGAGGUUUUGCUAUGAAUGUAUCUUAACCUCCUGGACCAUGCAGCAUCUAUCCAUAAGCAACAUUUUGUUAAUUUUCUGUUAAUUUGAAAAUAGUACCCAAAGUACAAACCAUUGUACAUGAUUUGUAUGUCUGGUGCUUUAUUGGUACAGUGUUCUUCAGUCUAAUGAAUAUCCCUUUUAUGUGGCUAAUGC